AUGCACCAACCAUUCGAAAACCCCAACUACUGCCUCCUCGUCUGCCCCUGCUCUACCUCCCUUACGGCGCCCACGAUCACGUCCACCCUCACCACUGCUAUGCUGAAUCCCGGUGCCCCACCUAUACCAACCAUCGCCACCUCCACCAUAUCUGCCAAAACAUCCGCGACGACGACUACCACAACCACAUCUACCACCCCCGCUAUCGACCGAUACGCUCACGACGCCCUGUCAACCACCACCGUCGUCAUCACAACCCCCGGCUCCAGCGAUGUGGACUCGAUCCCAACCAGUCCUCAUUGCGAUCGCACAGUUACCUCAUGCAUCGGCCUUGUUAGUUAUUUGCGCAUUCCUCCCACUGAGACUGGCGAACCAGCGCAUGGAGCACCAACAUACGCUCGCCUUGUGGCAGUUCGCGUCUCCUUGCCCUCCGCCUUUGUCACGCUGCCUUCCUGUCCGCCUCACGCUCUUUGUCGAUACUCUGCUGGGACGCGCGAGUGCUCCAGGCCAAUCAACGCUGUCCCCCCUCUGAUUGGCUGGCGGACGCGGAGACAACGGAGGGCGCACACACACCCCCGAACAAAACAUCUCGAAGGCGGACACAGAUAA